GUCGUCGUCGUCGCCGAGGCGCCGGGCGGACGGUCUGUCCGUGACCCGUAUGAACAGCGCUGAACUUGUUCAGUCCGGACGUCGGUGCACAGCCGCUGCCGGGGAAAAUGGCGCUGCCUGCGGCCCCGGACCUGCAGCUGAACGCGGAGAUGCAGGGUGGCCGAAUGAGCGAUCCGGAGAAUAACAUCCACAUCGACGAGAAAGAACUGGAGAAGGAGCUGGAGAAGGAGGGCGACGGCUCCGGAUCAUCCGCGCUGCCGCUGCACUCUCCCUGGACCUUCUGGCUGGACAGAUCACUGCCAGGAACGACGGCGGCAGAAUGCGAAUCCAACCUGAAGAAAAUCUACACUGUUCAGACCAUUCAGUCUUUCUGGAGUGUCUAUAAUAAUAUCCCCCCUGUGACGUAUCUUCCAUUGAGGUGUAGCUACCAUCUAAUGCGUGGAGAGAGGAGGCCUCUGUGGGAAGAGGAAAGCAAUGCUAAGGGUGGAGUUUGGAAGAUGAAAGUUCCCAAGGAGAGCACGUCUGCUGUGUGGAAAGAAUUGUUACUUGCUACCAUUGGGGAACAGUUUGCAGAUUAUUGUGCUUCAGAAGAUGAAAUAGUCGGUGUCAGUGUUAGUGUACGAGAUCGAGAAGAUGUUGUCCAAGUAUGGAAUGGAAAUGCCUCUUUUGCUAGCGAAGCAAAUGUUUUAGCCAAGAUCUAUGAGCUCCUCCCACGCAUAACUUUUAAAGCAGUGUUUUAUAAACCUCAUGAAGAGCAUCAUGCGUUUGAGGGUGGUCGUUCAAGACAUUAGCCACCUUUGCACAUUGCGCUCUUGAUUUAGUUUUUGCUCUGUAGAAAAUGGACUGAACACCUCUAUUGUAUAAACAGCACUCUGGUUAAUUAAAAUCAAUUUGCAAUUAAGGGGACACCCGGUAACGUUACAUAUAUUUUGGAUUGUAAUUUCUCAGAAAUUUUCAGGAAUGCCUUCAUGUAUGUUAGUUGACUGUCUGCAUCGCUGAGAGAACUUGGUAUGUUUUCACUUUCUUUGGUUCUGUACCAUUUUUGUCUCGUGUAUCAGAUCAUCCCUUGUGUCUGCUCCAGCCACGUGGGGAUAUGCUACAAAAUUCUGAUACUCGAUAUUCACCUCCUCACUUGCUACCUGCACCGUGGCUCCUUUAACCAUGACAACAUGUAAGAGCGGUGCACAAACAAACCCUCGCAGUUCAUGUGUACGCGCCACCUGUUAAAUUUUGUACUGUUUCAUGGACAGGCAGAGCAAUAGCUGUUUUGCAGGGGCAACUAGUACCCAAUGCUUUUCUUCCCUGUGUGGUACAGAAUAUAAUCAGUGGUACCUGUUUAACCGUUUAACCAUUUGUAUAAUAGCCAGUGAAUGACCUCUUCCCACAGUGUGUUCACACUUGUAUCACCUCUCAGUUAGUGUUUCUGUAUUGCAAAGGUUGGCUCUAAAUUUCCCCUUCAUUUUAGACUUAGUGCUACAUGUGGGGACAUCGCACAGUAUGACUUUAAUUUUCGUUACGGAAUUUAAAUUUUUAUUUUAGCUAGUAAAAUUAACUGUGAACUAAUUGCUUGCGGGAAUGAGAAACAUUCAGUGCAUCCCUUACAUUGCAGUAAAUGGAGUUAAAGUUUUUGUAACUGUAUACAUUACAUGUAUUUAUUAUAAAGCCACAGCACUUUUAUACAAGUAUUGCAAUACAUACUUUUUAAUAACUGUUGAAGACUUAAGAGUCAUUGAUAUUUUUUUUAAAGACUACUAAAACUGAGUUUGGUUGCAGUUUUAACGUGUUCGUGCAAAUUUGGGUUUAUGAGUGGACACUUCCUAGAGAAUGAAUGAUUUACAUUGCUAGAAGCAGCUUUUACACACGGUAAAAGUAAUCCACAUGUCAGGGUUGUCUACUGUUACAUUUGCCCUCCACUAACUCUUGGUUUCAGAUGCCUUUUUUAAUAUUUGUAUUUUAAAUUAAAAAAAGUUAAUGUUCAGUACUUGUAAUGGAUUAAAAAGACUUCCAAGUAUCUUUAUUAAUUUCUAUGAAUAGAUAUAUAUGUAUUAUGCUGUACCAAAGAUUUUAUGUAUGAAUUUUGUGCUGAAUGCUUCCCAUAAGGGCAUAUGCUUGUCCUUCUAAACUUUUUAGUGGAUCAUUAAUGGAGUUUAAGAAAUCCAACUUUGUAAGAAUGGUGGUGCAUCUAUGCAUUUAUGAGUGUGUUCCCCUCCAUUUUAUUGUCUUUUUAUGCAGAGGAAUAUUCUGAAAAGUUUAAAAUUGAACAUUGCUGAAUGUUGCUUUUUUUAAAAAAAAAAUAAAUAAAAAAAAAUUGAGCAAGGCAGACGAGUUCUGGAGAACUACUGUCAUCUGACUUGGGUUGAGAGUAUGAAAAUGCAUCAAGAUGUUUAAUUAUUUACAUGAGCACUGGUGCCUGCAGAUGUUUUUAAUUGUUUUGUUUGUGUACAUUAUAUGAUGUAGGUUUUUUUUUUUUUAUUUUAUUUUGUGAAACACCUGUUAUGGAUUGGUGCCUUGAUAUUCCCCCUCCCCUCUUCUUUUCCCCCCAGUUUAAAAUGAAUAUACUGUCUGUUCAAUUUGUGUAACCAGUUCUAGUGACAUAUUAAUCUUUUAGAUUUUGGCAUUGUAAAAUAAAAUGCACAGACUCAAUAUGAAGUAUUUGUCUUAUUUUUGCUUUUGUUUAUUCCAAACAGACUUAACUCCUGUCAUGAUUUCUAUUGUCUGCUUCUAGUGGUUUGGUCCAGCAUCAGACACAGAUCUUCACAUUCACAUUGAGAGUUCUUGGACGAAAUGUUGCUUGGAUGGAAUUCAAUACCUCUGAAAGGUGAAGUGACGUGUGUCAACUGCCAAUGGUCCGCACUUCAAAGGCUCUGUGCUGAAUAUCCAUUGGAUGGA